GUUUUUAUAUAACCGAAUGGGAUAUUGGAGUGACUGGUCCAUUCCAAUACUUGUAACAACUGCUGCUGGCUUUACGUACAUUACAGUGUUAUUGAUACUAGCACUAUGUCACAUAGCUGUGGGACAGCAAAUGAACCUGCACUGGCUUCACAAGAUUGGCCUGAUGACAACCUUGGUAACUACCGUGGUGACCAUGUCAUCGAUAGCACAGCUUUGGGAUGACGAAUGGGAGAUGGUAUUUAUUUCACUGCAAGCCACAGCCCCUUUCUUGCACAUAGGAGCGCUGGUGGCGGUCACAGCCCUGUCGUGGUUGAUAGCGGGGCAGUUUGCACGAACGGAGAAAGCCACUUCUCAGAUGCUGAUGUUCACUGCAUACCUCGCAGUUGUAGUUGCACUUUACCUCGUCCCCCUCACCAUCUCGUCCCCUUGCAUAAUGGAGAAGAAGGCUCUGGGACCAAGGCCAGCCAUUAUAGGUCACCGUGGAGCACCAAUGCUGGCACCAGAAAACACACUGAUGUCCUUCCAGAAGGCAGUGGAGCAGAAGACGUUUGGAGUCCAAGCCGAUGUUAUACUGAGCUAUGAUGGGGUGCCAUUUCUGAUGCAUGACAAGACACUCAGGAGAACAACAAACGUGGAGGAAGUGUUUCCAGAGCGGGCCUACGAGCACUCCUCCAUGUUCAACUGGACUGACCUGGAAAAGCUGAAUGCUGGAGAGUGGUUCCUACAGAAUGACCCUUUCUGGACGGCCGGGUCUCUCUCAAGGUCUGACUACUUAGAAGCUGCCAACCAGUCAGUCUGCAAGCUGGCAGAUAUGCUAGAGGUGAUCAAGGACAACACAUCACUCAUCCUGAACUUCCAGAACCUGCCACCAGCACAUCCCUACCACAGCACUUACAUCAACAUCACCCUUGAAACCAUCCUAGCAUCCGGAAUUCGUCAACAGGCUGUGAUGUGGCUGCCGGACACAGAGAGGCAGCUGGUCAGACAGAUUGCGCCGGGUUUCCAGCAGACUUCUGGCCUCAAGCUGGAUACAGAGCGCAUGAGGGAGAAGGGCAUCGUGAAGCUCAACCUGCGUUACACCAAGGUCACGAACGAGGAUGUCAGGGACUACGCCAUGGCGAACCUGAGCGUGAAUCUCUACACUGUGAAUGAGCCCUGGCUGUACUCCAUCCUGUGGUGUGCCGGCGUCCAGUCGGUCACCUCCGACAGCUCCCACAUCCUUCGCAAGGUGCCUUUUCCCAUCUGGCUAAUGCCUCCAGACGAGUACCACCUAAUCUGGAUCACGUCUGAUCUCAUUUCAUUUAUCGUAAUUGUAGGAGUUUUUAUAUUCCAGAACUAUCACAUGAUCAGGUGGCGCCUAGGAAGCAUCAGGACCUACAACCCAGAGCAGAUCAUGCUCAGCGCUGCUGUCCGUCGGUCCAGCCGGGAUGUCAAGAUCAUGAAGGAGAAGCUGAUCUUCUCAGAGAUCAACAACGGCGUGGAGACCACGGACGAGCUGUCUCUCUGCUCUGAGAACGGCUAUGCCAAUGAGAUGGUCACCCCCACGGAUCAUCGGGAUGCCAAGCUGCGGAUGAACUGA